UAUUCAGGGGACGGAACCCGAACCCGAAUUACACGUGCACUUCGGUCAAGCUCUUUACACACGAUAUCCAUACAGACACUCACAAACUGGGACUUUUCUUGUGGAUGUUUGUCUCCAGUUUUUCAUCUGGAAACCUUCUGCUUUUGCGCGUUUAAAACUACUGUCUUUCUUAUUGUGAUUUUGCUGCGAUACCAUAUAGAGUCAUAGAGGCGCUAUUUAUAAACGCCCUUGCACGCGCUGUUACAGGAGUCAUUCUCGUCUCUAGAUAGAUAGACAGCAAAUUACUUCAAGUUAUAAAGUGAGAUGAGAAUAUAUGAUUGUUCUUUGACGAUUCAAAGAUUUACUGUCCUUGCCUGAAGGAACUUGAAUCGAAUCCGUGUUUUACAUUUGGGCACAGUUCUGUAAAAUAUUGUAAAGUUAUCUUUUUUUGUGUCGCGAGUAUUAAAGGAUGUCGUUUCUUAACUGUGCAUCCAGAAAUUCGCAAAAGCUGCUAGUUUUGGGGUUUUUGCUUCUGGUUCGUUCAGUUUUGUGUCAUGAGCAGCACAAAGCUGGAUCUUAUAAUUUGGGAUCCAUUCUGGAGCCUCUGGAUGGGCUGAGAGAAUACGUGGAGUCUAUCGUUGGCACCCACGCGCUUCAGAUCGGUUUUGAGAAUGCUGUAUUGUACCUUGACUCAGUGUUUGGUCCAGAGAACGUCUAUUCUGUCGCUAUGUUUGUUGAAAUGUUGCUGAAGUUUGUCGCUGAAGGAGCUGCCAGUGGACUUAAUGUUAUCGCUGUCUAUGUGUCAGAGAUUCUCAGAGCUACAGGGGUGAACGAGUCGAUAUCAAGCCCUCAUUUCACCACCGAGGGUGUGUCUGCUGUGAUCAAAUGGGCACUGCUGGCUCUGACUGGCUACUCGAUCCUGUCCCUGGUGCUUCGGGUCACCGUGGCGCUUGUACGGCGAGUGUUUUGGUUAGUCAAAGUGAUUUUAGUCCUGUGGCUCUUUGUGCGGAUCGUCAGUGACCCUUCUGCCUCCACCGAACUUAUUGGAAUGAGACUGACUCUACUGGUGCUCAUCUGCGCUGUGUUUGGAAUCGUGACGAGCAGCGCCGGCGGGACCGGAGCCGGUCUCGAGGAGCGAGUCAGAAGACUGGAGGGACAAUUCAAAAUGGAAAAAAAGAAAACGGAGUGAUAAGCGACUGACGAGGAAAGCGGAAACACAGGAUGAGCAGACUCAUGAGAACUUUACUUGUCUGAUCUUGUCUGUUGUCUCAGUAUUUUGUGAUGAGUUGGUUGGGCACUUAAGCCAGUUAAAUAUGUUUAAGGAAAUAGAAUCUAUUUUUUAAUGUAAAGAAAGCAAAAUACAAAGCUACAUCAGACUCCUCUGUGAAUUAUAUGGUCAUAUGCAUACAGUCAGAGAUUCGUUCAGAUUUGUCACACAAACACAAGGUGUGUAUAGCACUGUUUAUAUACCAUUGAGUGGAUUAGAUGUUUGAAUUUACUUUGUCCUUAUCUGUCAUGAAAUGAACAGACUGCCCUGCAUGUGACUACGAUACUUUAUGCAGUAGCCUACAUGUAUGCAAUCGAUAAAACAAAUAUCAAACCAAUCCUUUACACACUUGUGUACUGACAAUAUUUUUAUAUCUAUUGCUUCCAAACCAAACAAAUUUGUCUUUAAAAUCAUUGUCAGAUGGUUCAGAACUGUAGUGCUUAAUAUCAUGACAUUCAUACAUUUUUAAGUGACUCAAGUGUCCAAAUAGGUACAAUUGUAUUUGUCCAUACUAAAAGACAUCACAUGAUGAUGAUAAUGUUGCCAUACAAUGUGUGUGUAUUGUAUUGUUGUGUACAGAAAUAGCCAACAAUCAAUUAUGUAAAUGUUUGUAGAUCACUGACAAAUCAAGACCUGGUAAAGUACAAGAGACGCAGAUGAUAAAUAAUGUAUCUUGAGGUUGUUGUAUAUGAUAUGGGGUCAUCUGGUUGACCGUUGUCUUCUGCUCCCUUUAAAUGACGAAUGAACUGCUUUGUGAUCUUGAUGUGAAGCUUCUCAUCGGCAAAUUAAAUAACAUAGGGAAAGUGAUAUUUUGUUUAGAAAAACAUACAAUGCUAUUAAUGUGUAGUUAAAUGAAAGGUCUCAUGAGAAUAAAUGGGACCUAUUUGACUAUAACAAAGGUGGAUGAAUAUGUCUUUGAAUAUGUAAAGUUACAGAAUGUAGCUCAGUUAAUUUUCAAGUUGACUGGAUUUGAAUUACAAUAGUGUAGUUGUGAUAUACAGCCAGAAGAUGGCGCUAUUCUUUAAUCGCGAACUAACGCACCAUUCAAAAUAAAGACUUAAUUUAAAUUCAA